CUCCUGCUGCAGGAUUGGCCCCUCCAAAUGUGCUGCCUGAUUUCAGCCACACUUGCUGCCUUUGUGGAUGGGGGGGCUUCGGCUGGGAAAAAGCAAAAGGAUUGGGCAAAGAGGUGCAUGGCAGAGCUGAGGCUGUUCUGGGUUACGCUGGGAUGCACAUGGAGCCCUCCUGGCAGGAAGAAGAGACGAAGCGGCUGCUGGAGCCAGCAGCCAGCCCACCCAACAAGGUGCUGAACGGAGCGGAGCAGAGCUAUCACAGCCUCCCGUCGGCACGGACCGAUGAGCAGGCCAUGCUGUCCUCCAUCCUCGCCAAAACGGCCAUCAACAUCAUCGACGUGUCAGCAGCGGAUUCCCAGGGCAUGGAGCAGCAUGAGUACAUGGACAGAGCCAGGCAGUACAGCACGCGCCUGGCCAUGCUCAGCAACAACCUGACGCACUGGAAGAAGCUCCCACUGCUGCCAUCUCUGACUAACCAACCACACCAAGUGCUCGCCAGUGACCCUGUCCCCUUCGCCGACCUGCAGCAGGUGUCCCGGAUAGCUGCCUAUGCCUUCAGCGCGCUCUCACAGAUCCGUGUCGACGCCAAAGAAGAACUGGUUGUACAGUUUGGCAUCCCCUGAAUCUGCCCCCACCACCGCUGUUUCACGGCUUUGGGUUGUUUUUGGUUUUUUCCCCAUUUUUUUCCCUUUAUCCCUUCUCUCCCCGUGCUGCUGCCACAGAACUUGGACAGAUUGGACAGACCCUGUUUCCUACGAAAUGCCAAGGCGCCCAUCAUUGGCAUGUCGUGCCCACCUGCACUGCGUGAGGCUUUCUCCUCCUCGUGGGCGUGUGUGGGGAGGAGGCUGUGACAGCUGGACACUGCCUUGCACAGGGAUGAGCACAAAGGGAACAGCCGGUGCAAGGAGGCCCUGGUGUGGGUCAGCACCAUGUGCCAGGUCACCAGGACGGGUGGGCUGGAGCCAGGCAGAUGUGAUGCUCUGUGUGGGGCCUGUUGGUUCCAACAUCAUCCCUUCUCCUUUUUAUAUGUUAAGACCUUUAUUUUGGUUGUUGUUUUGGUUCUGUAUGUUUUUGGGGUUUUUUUAAUAACUAUUAUUUUUUGCCACAGUAGAUAAAGCCACGUUUAUCCAG